AUGGAAAACCACCUAUGGGCAGUGGCACCGUGGCAUUGCCUGAGCAGCUGUGUGAAAGAAGGUGGGAUUGCAUUCCAGAAGGCUCAUGGCCAUGAGAUAUGGGAAUUUGCAGCGCUCAAUCCUGAAUUCAACAAGAUGUUCAACGAAGGCAUGGCUUGUACGGCGAAGAUCACUCUGAGGGCGAUCAUUUCGAGUUACGAAGAUGGGUUUCGCAGCCUGAAAUUGGUGGUGGAUGUGGUUGGCAGCACAGUUGCAGCGAUGGUGGAGAUUGUGAAGGCCUAUCCGCAUAUCAAGGUGAUCAACUUUGAUUUGCCGCAUGUGGUGGCGACGGCACCAGAGUACCAUGGAGUCUAUCAUGUUGGUGGCGACAUGUUUGACGCCAUUCCUAAAGCUGAUGCAGUCUUCAUGAAGUGGAUACUGCACGACUGGAGCGACGAGCAUUGUGUCAAGAUAUUGAAGAACUGUCGUAAAGCAAUACCUGAGAAGACCGGGAAAGUGAUCAUUAUAGAUGUGGUUUUGAAUCCAGAAGGUGAUGGCCUGUUUGACAACACUGGUUUGGUGUUUGAUCUUNUGGAUUUCUCGAUCUCUUUUCGCUAA